UCACUGGCGACCACUAGUAAAAAUGCUGUAUUAUCAAAAUGUCUGACUUAAAUGAUGACUUAUUAAAUUAUGAUAUAGGAGAUGUUAUAGAUGAUCAGGUCUUGAUAGGAGCUGACGAAGAUGAACUAUUGCUUUCAGAUGAUGAUUUAGAAAAAGAUGUUUCUAAGGAAGAAAAACAAAAAUUAAAAUCUGAAGCCGAGGAAUGGGUUAAAUCACAAAUCAAAGAUAAACCGAAAGCAAAACCAAAACAAGUUGCAGAACAAAAACCAAUUGAACCACAAAAACCCUGCCAGACAGAAAAUAUUAAAAAUGAAGAUAACAAAGUACAAGAAAGCUCUGCUAUGGAAGAGCAGCAACAACCACAAACUUCAGCCCCAGUGGUUGCAGAGUCAUCUACCCAAGAAUUCAAAACACCAGCUGAACAAACAAAUGUCACACCUAUUAACAACGUGGAAACAAAUAGUACUGUUGUAAAUCCUACUGUAGCAUUAGAAAUUACACCCAGUUCUGGAAAAGAAAUGGAAUUGGAUCAAUCGUCAACUAUAUCUAACUCUGCAGCCAGCUUAACAAAUGAUUCUUGCGCCUCUUCUAUAAUACAAAGUUCACAAGAAAGUGCAAGUGUUACCAUGAGUCAUGGUGAUGUAUCAGAUCCUCGUGAGGAUUAUGAGGACGAACGUGAAGAGCGUACAAAUAUAAAGACAACUAGUGAACGAGAAUCGUUUGAGCACAGCAAUGAACAUUCGCCAGAAAAAUCUGUAAAUCGUUAUGUUUACCAUCAAAAAAGAAAUGGUGCACCGCUAUUACGUGGCCACCCCUUACGAGGUCCUGCUCCUCUUUUCCAACGUCCCUUGUUGCGUUUCCCUCCACAUGGUAAUAUAUCCUUGCUAUCACCAUCGCCCUUUACGCAUUUGGGCGGUUUAGCUACAGUUACAUUAACACAUCCCAAUUCCAAUCCUCUUAUUCCAGGUCAACCAUUUCCACCACCAGCGCAACAACCCAAUACAAAUCCUUUUGCACCACAACUCCCUCCCAAUUCCCUACAGAAUACACCUCAUGGGCAUAUGGCAGGUCCAAAUCAUGACCCAAAUAAUCCACACCAUAGGCCACGACAUCCAUUUGGUUUUCGACCAGGUCCCAUGGCAGGGUUUCGACAUCCCAAUCCCAAUAACAUGUAUUCUCAGGUGCCGCAUGAUUAUAAUGGUGGCCAGGGACCUGGUGGAUUCAAUCAGCAUCAAUUUGGCGGACCUCGUAAUGUGUUUAGACCAGAAGGUCCGAUGGGCUUGCCGCCCGGUAUGCGUCCUGGCAUGCGCAUGCAAAGACCUCCCCUACAAGCUUUACCACCUCAUGCUAUGCCUAAUCAGGGUAAUUUUAUCAAUGCUCCUCCCCAUCAGAUUAGACCACAAACUGGUCCUGGACCACAACCAUUACCUGGAGUUCCCUCUGUACCUGGUCAAAAUCCUCCCGUUUCAAACCAACCUCCAGCUGGUCAAAUUCCUGCAGCUGCACCUGCGCUAGCACCCCGUAAAGUUCUUAUUAAUCCUAAUUUUAAGGGGGGUGUUGAAGCAGCCACCAGUAAAUUUAUACAAGAAACUCAAUACAUGAACGCCAUAAACUCCCACGUGCCUCGGGUACAAAGCGAUGAGGAGCUAUUGCGUCAACAAGAGGAAUUCAUUAAUAAAAAUCGUGAACACAUUGAGAAACGACGUCAUGCCAGAGAUGCUUCGCCCGGUCGACGAUCUCGCAGCCGCAGUCGUUCACGCUCUCGUUCCCGUUCACCACGCAGUGUUUCUCGCGAACGUAGUUAUACACCACCAAAACGUCAUCCCAAUGGUGGUCCCAACAAUCGCAAUGAUCGUUUUGAUCGAGAACGCGAACGGGAUCGUGAAAGAGUUGAUCGUGAUCGUCCUACCAACGAUGAUAAGAAUACACGCGUAGGUCGUGCUGGCAGCAGGGACCGUGAAGAUCGUGACAGAGAUCGUAAUCGGCCAAUAGGUGGUUAUAAUAACAGCAAUCGACCGGGUGCUCCUAAUCGUUUUAGGCGUGCCAACAGUCGUGAUCGUGAUUAUGAGAAUCGUAAUCAAGGUGGCGGCGGUGGCAAUUAUGGUAAACGUCGUCGUAGCAAUUCACCUUCACCUGGAAAUCGUGGCGGAAGUGGUAAUUUUGGUGGCAAUAGAGGACGUUAUAAUAAUGAUCGUGAUAAAUCAGAGGUUGAGGAAGAUGAAGAAACUCGUGCCUACCGCUUGCAAAUUGAAAAACAAAAGGCUUUACGUGAACAAAUAAUGCGUGACAAAGAAAUGAAACGUAGACGGGCUGCAGAAGAAAAACAAUACGAGGAAAAACGUAGUGGUGGACCACAACAAAAAGAUGACACGCCUCCACAACCAACAACACAUCAUCAGCAGCAGCAGAACUCACAAAAACUAAAAGAAGUAGUUUCCGAACGUAAAAUAAUUUCGCUUAAAAAGCGGCCAGCCGAACACAAUGAUAACGACAAUGAUCAUGGCAGACCAACACAAAGAAAAACCAUACCAACGGCCAAAAUUUUGCCAGAAGCUAAGAAAACUCUAACAGAUCAUUUGACACAUAAUGCAACGAGUGGAGAACGCGGUGGUGGCGGCGGCUCAAAUAGUAUUAGUCAAAAUACUGCUAUUAUUAAGCCGGUGUUCAAAAAAGAUUCAUCUUCAGCUACGGUGGCGGCUAUAAAACCUCAACCUCAUCAACAGUCACAGUCACAACGGCGUAUGUCAUCACACAGUGAGGAUGAAGUACAGCUGGACUAUGACGAAGACGAUCUACUAUUAGAUGAAGAAGAAAUGCUAUUAGCUUCGCCCGAUCCCACACCUCCUCGAGAAUCAGCAUCUAAACAACGUAUAGAAUCGCGUACACCCUCGCCUGAGCCUAAUGUCAAAUCCCACAAUGUUGCCCGGAAGUCUAUGAAUGCUCGUGGUAGCGGUGGCAAUCAUGGAACUUCAAAGCCUAGCUUUAGUUCGACAAAUCGUAGAGUCGUUUUAAAAACCUCAUCUAAUUCUUCUGGAUCGACUGGAACAAAUUCUACUAGUAGAGGUCGCGAUAUGGGCUCAUCGAGCAAUAGUGGUGGUGGUGGUGGUAAUAGCAACUCACGUAGAGCUGUUUUUGAACGUUUAGAUGUACGCAACAGUAGACAGCAGUCGCCCUCAACUGCCGGUACCAGUUCAAGUGGAAAUUCUGAUAGUAAACGUAAACCACAAAGGAUUGUAUUAAAGCACGAUUAAAUUAUAUUUCUAGAUUCCUCAAUUAUUUUUUUUUUCGUUUCUUUCCACUUCUGCUCUUAAGAUAA